ACACCUCACAGGCUCAGAAGAAGAGACUGCUUCCAUGGAGGAAGCUUUGUGUUGGCUUCAUGAGGGAAAUAUCUGUAGAUCAGAGCUGCUUGGACAUUUCUAACAUGCUGCAUUUAAUAAAGAAAGAAUAGUGACGCCGAAGGAACGAAAUACUCAGCUGUUCGAGGCGAUAAUGUCAACAGAGAGCUAUAUGAACUGACUAUUAGCUUUAGCAUUAGCAACCCACAGGAGCUCCGAGGGAUUGACUGGCAUCAUGAGCGAAGAUGACAAAUCCCCCACAGCUAACAAAGACAAGGAGUCCACGCUGCUGUUCACCAAGGACGGACAGAAGUAUUACAUGAACAAGAGCGGCGGGCUGGACAGCAGAAAUGUGGUCACGCCACACGAAGCGGAGAGCGCGUCCUACGACAUGGACGAUCCGGACGAGGAGGGAGACAUGCUGGACACGUCCGACCCCCGGGACACCACGGCCAGUCCGGAGGAGCUCAACGACGAGGAGGUGUCCGAGGGAGACAAUGCCCCUAAACAGUGCACGUACGAGGGCUGCACCGAGACUACCACACAGGUGGCCAAGCAGCGCAAGCCCUGGAUGUGCAAGAAACACCGCAAUAAGAUGUACAAGGACAAGUACAAGAAGAAGAAGAACGACCAGGCCAUGUCCAGCGGAAAACUGGACGAGAGUGCAGAGGAACGCCCAGUGUCUGUGAAUAAGCAGCGUUUGGGAGCAAUGGGUGACCGUCCUGCCAGACCAUCCCUCAUAGAGCAGGUCCUCAACCAGAAGAGGCUGUCCUUAUUGAGGAGUCCGGAGGUGAUCAGUUUCCUUCAGCAGCAGCAGCAGCUCCUGGCCGCUCAGAAUCGCUCUCAGACUCAGCAGCAGUUUCCGGGCUGUUGACACUGGCCUUGGCCAGACGUCACUGUAGCAACCAUCCCCUAGGAAACACUAAAGAAGAGAUGGCAGAGUACACAUGGACAUUGGUGCAUAUGGGCAGAAUUUGACUAUGAACUAUUAUCUUGAAAUGGCCAAGUAAUCAUCAAAUCAUCCAGCACUGUUACAAAAGCCCAAAGCCUGUAUUUAUGUUAAUGUGUUGUGAUAGUGUGUUUUUAAUAGUUUUCUUGUGUUUAUUUAAUGAGUAUGGGUGAAAUGAAAUUGCCCCAAAUCCUGAAUAAUGCAGAAACUUUUGUGUUUUUGAAUGUAUUUUUUUAUCAAGGAAUUGUCAGAUUGACAAUCAAAUCAAUACAUGUGUUGCAUUGUUCCAUGUGAUAUGCGAUCCAAGUGAAGCUAUCAGGAAUAUCCAAGGGCCUUCAAAGGUUUUAAAUUGCUAAAAAAAAAAAAAUGACACAAACAUGAUUUAAUCAAGUUUUAAAGAGUGUAAAAAGUUUUCAGAGUAAUGUUUAUGCCCGUUAUGUGAAUGCAUCCUGUUCUGAAACAUGCAAAUAAUUGAACUUAACAUUGUUUCUUCAUACUUGGUUUGUUUAAAUGCAUAUCUCAUUUUGUCUUAAUUUUAUUGUAGUAGUUACAAGUUGAGAAUGUAGUGACCUAGUGAAAACUACAAGCUUAGCUAAAACCAGGCUUUUUUUUUUUAAGAAAA